CUACUAAAAUUACUUCACUUAUGUGCCAUACGUGUUCAAUAGGAUGGGAGUCCGCAAAAACCACUGCACCUCUAUAAUUGACUACUAUUUUUUAAGUUUGCAGAGAAGUCUUUCCCAUAAGUUUCUUAGGCAGUUUAGGGACAAGUCGAAUGAGACUUUAGUGGUUGAGGUGUUGAGUCUUGUGCAAAAUCCUGAAUUGGGUGUCAAGUUUUUCAUUUGGGCGGGGCGGCAAAUUGGGUAUACUUACACUGGAGUUGUGUAUGACGCAUUGUUAGAGAGAUUGGGGUGUGAAAUAAUGAAAUUGGGUAUACUCACACUGGAACGUUUUUUAGGAGAGAUUAAGGAUGAUGAUAAGGAAGUCUUGGAGGAGCUUGGGAGGCUUAAAGAUUUCGGGUACAAGCCCACGAGAUGGACGUAUAAUGCAUUGGUUCAAGUGUUUCUUAAAGCUGAUCGGUUGGACACGGCUUAUUUGGUUCAUAGGGAGAUGUCGAGUUCAGGGUUUAGUAUGGAUGAGUUUACCUUAGGUUGUUUUGCACAAUCUCUCUGCAAAGCGGGGAGGUGGAGAGAAGCUCUCUCGCUGUUUGAGAAGGAAGAAAUUGUGCCCAACACAGUUCUUUAUACAAAGUUGAUAUCUGGGUUGUGUGAAGCUUUUCUUUUUGAGGAAGCUAUGGAUUUCUUGAACAGAAUGCGGACUAGUUCUUGUAUUCCUAAUGUUGUGACAUAUAGGACUUUGCUUUGUGGGUGUUUGAGGAAAAGACAGCUUGGUAGGUGUAAGAGAAUUCUUAGUAUGAUGAUCACAGAAGGUUGUUAUCCUAGUCCUAAGAUUUUUAAUUCUCUUGUUCAUGCCUUUUGCAGAUCAGGAGAUUAUUCUUAUGCCUAUAAGUUGCUUAAGAAAAUGGUCAAAUGCAGUUGCCAGCCAGGUUAUGUGGUUUACAAUAUCUUGAUUGGUAGUAUAUGCGGCAAUGAAGAAUUACCAGGCUCAGAUGUUUUAGAGUUGGCUGAGAAAGCUUAUGGUGAGAUGCUUGAUGCAGGGGUCGUAUUGAAUAAGGUCAAUGUCAGCAAUUUUGCUCGAUGUCUUUGUGGUGCUGGAAAAUGUGAGAGGGCAUAUACUGUUAUUCGUGAAAUGAUGAGUAAGGGAUUCAUACCUGAUACUAGUACCUAUGCUAAAGUGAUUGGCUUUUUGUGUAAUGCCUCCAAGGUAGAGAAGGCCUUUUUAUUGUUUGAAGAAAUGAAAAGGAACGGUAUUGUUCCUGAUGUUUAUACAUAUACAAUUUUAAUUGAUAGUUUCUGUAAAGCUGGUCUUAUUAAACAGGCUCGCAACUGGUUUGAUGAAAUGGUAAGGGAUGGUUGUGCCCCUAAUGUGGUGACAUAUACUGCUCUUAUACAUGCCUACCUUAAAGCUAGGAAACUUUCCAAUGCAAAUGAUCUGUUUGAGAUUAUGUGUUCUGAAGGAUGCAUUCCUAAUGUUAACUAUACGGCUUUGAUUGAUGGUCACUGUAAAGCUGGGGAGAUUGGAAAAGCAUGCCAAAUAUAUGCGAGAAUGAGAGGUAAUGUGGAAAUUUCUGAUGUAGAUAUGUAUUUUAGAAUUGAUGAUGGCAAUUCCAAACAGCCAAAUGUGUUUACAUAUGGAGCAUUGGUUGAUGGUUUGUGCAAAGCUCACAAGGUCAAAGAGGCCCGUAACCUGUUGGAUGCUAUGUCAGUGGAAGGCUGUGAGCCAAACCAUAUCGUGUAUGAUGCUCUUAUAGAUGGAUUCUGCUAGGCUGGGAAGCUAGAUGAUGCACAAGAGGUGUUUGCUAAGAUGUCAGAGCAUGGAUAUAGUCCUAAUGUCUAUACUUACAGUUCUUUGAUUGACAGGUUGUUUAAGGAUAAAAGACUGGAUCUUGCUUUGAAAGUCUUGUCCAAAAUGCUAGAAAAUUCUUGUGCACCAAAUGUUGUCAUAUACACACAAAUGAUUGAUGGCCUCUGUAAAGUUGGAAAAACAGAUGAAGCCUAUAAGCUUAUGCUAAUGAUGGAAGAAAAGGGGUGUUAUCCAAAUGUUGUGACUUAUACUGCAAUGAUAGAUGGCUUUGGGAAAGUGGGUAAAGUCAAAAAAUGUCUUGAGCUCUUGAGAGAAAUGGGCUCAAAGGGUUGUGCUUCAAAUUUUGUCACCUACAGGGUUCUUAUAAAUAACUGUUGUGCCACUGGCCUUCUGGAUGAGGCUCAUAAACUCUUGGAUGAAAUGAAACAGACAUAUUGGCCAAGGCAUAUAUCAAGCUACUGUAAGGUCAUUGAAGGUUUCAACCGAGAGUUUAUUAUCUCACUUGGGCUUUUAGAUGAGAUCAGUGAGAAUGAUUUUGUUCCUAUCGUUCCAGUAUACAGAAUACUGAUUGAUAGUUUUAUUAAGGCUAGGAGAUUAGAAUUAGCUCUGGAGCUGCAUGAAGAGAUUCCAUCAUUUUUCCCUUUAAAAGCUGCCAGCAAGAAUAUGUAUACUUCUUUGAUCGAGAGCCUCUCCCGUGCAGGUAAAGUCAUUAAGGCUUUUGAGCUGUACAUAGAUAUGGUAAGGAUGGGUGGUGUUGCAGAGCUGAGCACAUUUGUUCACCUUAGUAAAGGGCUCAUCAAUAUUAACAAGUGGGAAGAAGCACUUCAACUGUCAGAUAGCAUAUGUCAGAUGGAUAUCCAUUGGCUUCAACAAGAAGAUACAUCUUCCAGAAAUUAGGCUUUUGAGCAUAUCUAUAUUUUUUUCUCAAGGUUGAUGUGAUAGCAUAAUGGUGCAUGUUAAAGUUUUUGCUCAGAUAAUGACUACAUUGGUGGAAACUCUUGAUGCGCACAUGAAAUUCCUAGGAGGUGAUAGGCUGAUAGCUAUUGCAUAAUUUGCAUUGCAAUGAAAUGAGUAUAAAAAAAUAUGGACGUCUUUGAUUGACUGUUUGAAGCAACUAGAAGCUGAAAUAAAGCUUGGGGGAAAUAUUUUGCCUUUCAAUUA